AUGCAAAAGAACACUCCGGAAAGCGGGAACGUAAAUGACCCGAUGAAAGAUAUGAAGGACGGCAAGGCGGACGUGAAACCGAACGACCUCAACGAUGACAACAUAUAUAUUUUCGAUGAGCCGGAUGAUGAGCUGGAGGAGUUCGAGGAGAUGGGCAGCACAGCCCACAACAUAGACACCGAUCUGGAAAAUUGGGAAGAAGACUGGGGAGCAGCGGGAUGGGAUGAUGACGACGACGAUGAUGAUAAAUUUAUUUUGAAGGUGGAGUCUGAACUGCAGAACUUCAAAGCCACUUUGGAUGCCGAAAGGGAUUUGAAGAAAUGA